AUGGAAUAUGUCAAGAAAGGUCUUAUAUGCAAACAAUUAAGAAAUCUUGAACCUGAAAAUAGCGAAGUUAGUUGUUCUGAACUGACAAUCAGAAACAAAAAAUGGGCUAUUUUUAGUGUAUAUAGACCACCUGACCCUUCAAAUAUAGGUCGAUUUUUUGCUGAACUUGAAUGCUCUCUUGACUUAGCUUUUAGAUCUUAUGACAAUGUAGUUGUUAUGGGUGACAUGAAUAUUGAUUGUGACGAUAAAAGUACAACAGGCUUUGGUGAUUUAACUACUCUUUGCGAUCCAUAUAACCUGAAAAAUCUAAUUAAAGGAAAAACGUGCUUUACAAGUACGCGCUCGUCAUUACUAGAUAUAUUUUUAACAAAUAGGCCCGCUAGUUUUCAAAACUCUUUGUCUUAUGAAACUGGUCUGAGUGACCAUCACCGUAUGAUAUCCACGUUUAUGAGGACUCAUUUAGUGAGACUUAAGGCAAAAGAGAUAUCAUAUAGGUGUUUUAAAAAUUUUAACGAGCAAAGUUUUCUUGAAGAGUUAAGUAUGGUCGAUUUUAAAUGUGAUCAAACAGAUCCCAAUAAAAACUACGAAGAACUUGUAUUUAUAUUUCGAAAAGUCAUUGACAAGCACGCGCCAUUAAAAACUAAAUUUGUGCGCGGAAACGAGGCUCCUUUUAUGAAUAAAGAAUUACGAAAAGCGAUUUAUUCAAGAUCCCGUCUAAAAAAUAAUUUUAAUAAAAAUAAAACGAAGGAAAAUAACACCAAGUAUAGAAAGCAAAGAAACAAAUGCGUUAAUUUGAGUCGAAAAGCGAUAAGAGAACAUUUUAACAACGUAAUGGAAAAUGGAAUAAUAACUAAUAAAACUUUUUGGAAAACAGUUAAACCUUUCAUUACAAAUAAAUCUGGAACAGGUAACAAGAAAAUAAUGAUUGUUCGUAAUGAUAAGAUAACAACGGAUGAUAGUGAACUUGUUGAAGUUUUUAACAACGAGUAUAUAAAUAUUGUUGAAAAAUGUAGUGGAAUUAAACCAGAUCACUUAAACAACAAGACAUUGGCAAGCAGGCUCACAGUUAUCAAUGAUAUAAAAGAAAAAUUUAAAAAUCAUCCGAGUAUUGUUGAAAUUAAAAAUUCUCAUCCUAGUGACAAAAAUGAUGAUUUAUUUUAUUUUAAAGAAGUGAGUGAAUCAGAAGUCUCUAAACUUUUUAGUGACAUCAAAGUGGGCGUGGCUUCUGGGGAAGACAAAAUUACAGCAAAAAUGGUUAAAUUGUCAAAGCCUUAUUUGAUUAAACCCAUAACAUAUACAAUAAACAGCAGCAUUCGUCUUUCUGUUUUCCCAGACGGAGCUAAAAGAGCUAUUUUGUCUCCAUUAGAAAAAGAAGGAAAAGAUAAGUUUAGUGUGAGCAACUAUAGGCCAGUUAGUGUGUUGAAUAUAUUUUCUAAAUUCUAUGAAAGAGUAAUUAAGUCUCAAAUUGUUACAUAUAUUGAAUUUGAACUGUCAGAAUUUUUAUCGGCUUACAGAACGUCAUAUGGUACACAACAUGUUCUUAUUAGGUUACUCGAAGAGUGGAAAGACAAAUUAGAUAAAAACUAUGUAGUAGGUGCAGUUUUAAUGCAUCUGUCAAAGGCUUUUGAUUGUGUUCCACAUGAUUUACUUCUGGCUAAACUGAGUGCUUAUGGUUUUAGUAUUGAAUCUCUACUUUUCAUAUUGUCUUACCUUUCGGAUAGAAAACAAGCUACUCGAAUAAAUAACACUAGUGUUCUCAAUUAUGCUGAUGACUAUUCCCUUUCCGCUUACUCUAACUCGAUUACAAACUUAAUAAAACUGUUAGAAAGUGAAUCAAACACAGCUUUAGAGUGGCUGAAAUAUAACAAAAUGAUAGCUAAUCCUGGAAAAUUUCAAUCCAUUAUAAUCACACAGAACAAAAAUAAUAAUUGUGACAUAGAUUUAACAAUUGGCGAUAAAACUAUCAAAACAGAAAAUAGCGUAAAGUUAUUGGGUGUGACUAUUGACAACAGAUUAAACUUUGAUCUUCACAUUUCUGAACUUAUCAAAAAGUCAUCGGCACAAUUGAAUGCAUUAGUUAGGCUAGAUACGUUUCUGACUUACAAAGCAAAGGUUGCUCUUGUUCAAAGUUUUGCACUUUCCAACUUUAACUAUUGUCCAUUAGUGUGGCAUUUUUCAUCUACUAAAUCUUUGUUAAAAGUUGAAAGAAUACAAAAAAGGGCUUUGCGUUUUUUAUUUGACGACUCUGAUAGUACAUACGAGGAACUGCGUUUUUGUGGAAGAUUUAUGGGCAAUGGCAAUAUAGGACAUGCUAAAAAUUAA